AUGAGGCAGAGGAGGAUGGAUAAGAUGAGUCUGGACCAGGAGAUGUUGGAUGUCCUGAGGGGCAGAGCUACCGGGAGGCAGACCCCCUCCAACAUGGUGCGAGUCUUCAUCUCCUCCACCUUCAGCGUGAGAGCCCUCACCCUCUCAUAUGAGAGCCCUCACCCUCUCAUGGCGGUGGACCUGCGCUGGGGGCUGCAGGGUCCCAGCGGGGGGGAUCACCGGGAGGCGGAGCUCGCCCUGAAGGAGAUGGAGACGUGUGAGAGGACCUCGCUGGGACCCACCUUCAUAGCCCUGCUGGGCUCCCAGUACGGGGAGCGGCCGUUGCCCCGCCUCCUCCCAGAGCCUCUCUUUGAGGUCCUGGAGGCGGGGCUGACCCCCGACGACCUCCAGCUCCUCGGCCAAUGGUUCCUCAGGGACACCAACGCCGUCCCGCCCACCUACGUCCUCCAGCCUAUCAGGAGCCACCUCCCCUCUUACGGGGGGCCGGGGGCGGAGCGGGAGGCUAGCUCUGCCUCCUGGCGCUCUACCGAGGCGAGGCUACAGACGGCGCUCCGCCGCGCAGCCUCCGAGGCCCAGGUCAAAGGUCAGCUCACCGCAGAGCAGGCCCACCGCUUCUACCAAUCAGGUGACAGCACGAACACACGCACGCACGCACGCACUAACAAGCACACACACAAAAUGCGUCUCAGCCAGGGGGGCGGAGCCCAGAGGGACGCCCUGCUCUUCAUCAGAGACGCCCCGCGGCCGGCGGCGAGGGAGGGGCCUAAGCGCGGCCUGGCCCGCCUCCUGGCGGCGGCGGCGGCGGCGGAGGGCGGGCUGGACCCAGAGGCCCGGGCGCUGCUCCUCGACCUGAAGGCCCGGCUGUCGGCCGCGGGCCCCCGGGGGCCCCCGGCGCUGCACCGCCACAGCCUGGAGCUCAGCGGGGGGACGGUGGACCCCCGGCGCCGCGACCACGCCGCCUACCUGGAGGUGCUCUGCGGCCAGCUGGUGGCCCACAUGAAGGGCCGCAUCACCCGGCUCCUGGAGGAGCAGGGGGCCCCCGGGGGCCGGGGGAGCUGGGGCCGGCCCCCGGGGGGAGAGCGCUCCCGGCUCCUGGAGGAGGUCAGCCGCCACGCUCUGGAGGGGCUCCGGCGCUCCCAGGAGCUGUGCGGGCGGGAGGGGCUGCUGGGCCGGCUGAGCCUGGCCCUGUGGGAGGCCUCGGCCGGCCCCCACGGGCCCCUGGUCCUGCACGGGGCCCCGGGGGCCGGCAAGACCACCCUGCUGUGCCGGCUGGCCCGGGAGCUGCUGGGCGUGCUGGGGCCCGGGGCCGUGGUGGCCCUGCGGUUCCUGGCCCCCGGCAGGGGGGCCCGGCCCGACGUCGGGGCCCUCCUCCACAGCCUGGCCCUGCAGGUGAGCCUGGCCUUGGACCUGCCCCCCCCCGGCCCGCCGGGCCCCCAGGCGGACCGGCUGCGGUCCUUCCAGGCCCUGCUGGCGGCGGCAUCCCGGCGGGGGGAGUCCCUGGUGCUGAUCCUGGACGGCGUGGACCUCCUCUCCGCCGAGGACCUCCACUGGCUGCCGGCCGCCGUCCCGGCCAACGUCCACCUGCUGCUCUCCGCCGCCAGCGCCGCCCCGGUCCUGGGGGCCCUGCGGGACCGGCUGGGGGCCGGGGCCCUGGUGCCGGUGGACGGGCUGACCCUGGAGGAGGGCCGGGAGGUGGUGCGACGCGCCCUGAGCUCCGCCCGCAGGACGCUGACGGAGGAGCAGCGGGAGGUGGUGCUGAGCAGCUUCCAGAAGACGGGCAGCCCGCUGCACCUGCGGCUGAUCCUCUGGGAGGCGCUGCGCUGGACCUCCUACACCCCCCCCGCCACGCUGAGGCUGGGGGCCGACCUGCCGGACAUGAUGGCCCUCAUCCUGCUGUCCCUGGAGGACCGGCACGGCCGGCAGCUGGUGGCCUCCGCGCUGGGAUACAUCGCCCUCAGCAGGUGCGGGCUGCUGGAGGCGGAGCUGUGUGACCUGCUGUCCCUGGACGAUGAGGUCCUCUCGGAGGUGUACCGCCCCGCCCCCCCUGAGCGGCCCUCCCCCCUGCGCCUCCCCCCCCUGCUGUGGGCCGGCCUGCGCCUGGACCUGGGCCCCCUGCUGCUGGAGGGCUGGGCCCAGGGCCUGGUGCUGCUGGACUUCAGAUACCAACAGCUUUGUGAGGCGGUCCGUGAGCGUUACCUAGGGGACCAGAGGAGGAACAGGAUGUUGUCAGAGUACUUCCUGGGUCUGUGGAGCGGCAAGCUGAAGCCUCUGGCCCUCCCCCCCCGCACCCUACUGCUGAGUGACAGGAAGGUCCCGCCCCAACCGCUGUGGUUUGCUCCAGGAUUGGCUAAUAUGAGGAAGCUUCAGGAGCUGCCCUAUCAGCUGCUCCAUGCUGGAUUGUGGGAGGAGUUACAGCAAGAGGUCAUUGGUAAUGCAGACUGGCUCUACUGUAAGAGCAGGCUGUGUGGGAUAGACAGUGUGAUUGAGGAUCUCCGGAUGUGUGCUGACCUCAUGAGCUGUACCCAGAGUGCACUGCUUCACGACACCCUACUGCUCCUCAAACCCGGAGCGGAUCGGCUGGGCGGUCACAUGGACAGAGCUCUGUUCUUCUCUGAGCUGGUGGGCCGCCUCCUCUCCCUGGGCGCCGCCUUCCCGUCUCUGAUUGGCCGGUUGGUGGGUCAGUGUGAGGCGUGGCUCCUGUCCUGUGAGGAGCCCGUCCUGGUGCCCAAGAGCUCCUUCCUCGCGGCCCCCGGGGGCCCGCUGAGACACAGCUUCACCGGGGGCCGCACAGGUGGGCGCUCUACCGCUGGUCUCUCUCUCCGCGUGUGCGUGUGUGUGUGUGUGUGUGUGUCUGCAGUGCUGUGUGUGUGUGUGUGUGGGGACCUCCUGGCCUCCGGUUCAGACGACGGCUCUGUGUUGAUCUGGAGGCUCUCGGCCCUCAGCCUGCUGCACCUCCUCACACACACAGCUGCUGUCCUGACCAUUAAACUGAUUGACAGCGGAACCGACUGUCUGUCAUUGGCUGCUGACGGUUCUCUCAGGAGGUGGAGCCUGUUGUCCGGGAAACAAGUGUACUGUGUCCAAUCAGCGAUGGACCCUGACUCCGCCACCGCCUCCCUCCACCUAUCACAGCAGACCGACCAGAUCUUCAUUUACACCAAGACUCAAGUAGAUAAACCUGUGGUCAUGUUAGUGAGGUCCUGGGCGCUGGGCUCCAUGGCCCCGCUGCUGAACCUGUCCACCAGAGGGUCGGAGGUCCUGGGGCUCCUGGGGGCCGAUGUGGUGACGCGGACCGGAGCCGGGGCCGUCCACAUCGCCCAACAGGACCAGGGGUCACCGGGGGGCCAGGGGUCACCGGGGGGCCAGGGGUCACCGGGGGGCCAGGGGUCACCAGUGGUCUUGAGGUCACCAGAGGUCCUGAGGUCGCUGAUGCUGCCCAGACUGGGUCGGGUUCUCCUUCUGACCGAGGACGGCCUCCUGCAGCAGGUCUCCAGGAGUGGCCGACGGACUGAGACUCCUUUUCCCCUGAUGCCUUGCUCUCUGUUCAUGGCCACAGAGGAUGAGAGGCUGCUGUUAGCAGGAUGUGAGAAAAGCCUGCUGGUGUUCAGCCUCCACGAGGAGGCCCAGCUCCACCAGGAGGCCCAGCUCCACCAGGAGGCCCAGCUCCACCAUGAGGCCCAGGUCCUCAGCGCUUGUGUCUCCAGGGAAUCUACACUGUUGGCCUCAGGCUCUGAAGACCACAUCAUCAGAGUGUGGGGCCUACCCUCCGGGGCCCUGCUGCAGCGCCUCCAGGGGUCCGAGGAGCCGGUCUCCUGGCUCUCCUUCCUCUCAGACGGGGGUCUGGUGUCCUGGUCCCGGGGGGACCAGAGGGUGGUCCUGUGGAGCCUGGACUCAGACCCCCGGACCAGACCCCCCGAGCGCCUCCCCCCCGGCUGCACCCUGCUGGGCCUCGCCAAGGACUGCAGCCGCGCCUACUGGGUCCACCCGGACCACCGCACCGAGGUGGUCUGCUGGGACACAGUCCACGGGGGGAUGUCAGACACCCUGGCGGUGUCGGCGGAGGUGGUCUGUCUGGAGCUGGCCCACAACAAGAAGCUGCUGUUCUGCGGCCUGAAGACCGGGACUGUCCUGAUCUACCCCCUGGACCGGCCCCAGGAGACCCUGUGCCUCCCGCCCCCCGAGAGCCUCCCCCGGGUCCAGGCCCUGGCGCUGGACCCGGGGGAGCGCCAACUGGCCGCCGCCUACGAGGGCUCGCUGGCGCUGUUCGAGGUCACCACCCGGGACGGGGCCCCGUCCGUGGAGGGCCCGGUCCGGACCCUGAUCCUGGACCUGCUGCAGGCCCCCGUCUCCUGCGCCGCCCUGCUGGCCGACGGGAGGCUGCUGUACGGGACGGCAGGGGGGGAGCUCAGCCUCUGGGCCUCCGGCGCCCCCCGAGGCCCCGCCCCCCAAGGCCCCUACCCGCGAGGCCCCGCCCCCCUGGAGGCUGCGCCUGGCCCCGCCCCCCUGGAGGCUGCUCCGGGCCCCAUCACCUGCGUCCGGGCCGGUAACUCGGGGCUCCACGCCCUAGUGGCCUCGGGGGGCGGGGCCUCGGGGGGCGGGGCCUCGGGGGGCGGGGCCUCGGGGGGCGGGGCCUCGGGCCGGCUAACCCUGUGGUCGCUCAGCCCCCCGACGCUGGACCACACCAUGGAGUACAUCUCGCAGGAGGCGGCCGAUGUUCGGGUUCUGUGUGCAGCCUUCUCAGAGAGCGACCAACUUGUGUUCACCGGCUCUCUGGACCGAACCAUCAAAGUCUGGGACGUCGCUACAGGCCGGCUGCUGUUCCUCCAGCGCGUCGACCAUGCCCCCGUCUCCAUGCUGACCUACAGGAACGGCUUCGUGGCGCUGGGCCAGCGGGGGGCGGUCCUAAGGGAGGUGUUCCGCUGCCCCGCGAUGCUGGGCCCGGACCACGCCCCCCUGAGGAGCGUCCGGGCUCGGUGCCGCCUCACGUCCCGGGAGAAGGCCCCGCCCCCCCGCAGGCAGACCCCCGCGCUGGACUUCGACUACAACCCCGCCCAGCUGAACUUUAACCUCCUGGGCAUGGGCCAUCCCUCCUCCACCACCUGCGUGGUGACGUAGAACCCAGGACCUCAGGGGAACCUCCACCUCAGAACCCCUCCCCAGAACCCCUCCCCAGAACUUCCACCUCAGAACCCCUCCUCAGAACCCCUCCCCAGA